GUCAUGAUCGGCCUUUUCCGGUUUGAAGCCACAUCGAUGGCUGCGAUAAAUACCAGGGGAUAGAGAAACCCAUCUUAAUCCUCAAAAACUAAUAUCAUCAUGGCUCAAGAACAGAUGACAUUGAGGGGUACUCUCACCGGGCACGGUGGAUGGGUUACCCAAAUCGCUACAAACCCAGGGUUUCCCGAUACAUUACUGUCUGCAUCAAGAGACAAAACCCUUAUUUUAUGGAAACUAACUAAAGAUGAGACCAACUAUGGUAUUCCACAAAAAAGCUUGAUUGGACAUAGUCACUUUGUAAGUGAUGUUGUCUUGUCAUCAGAUGGUCAGUUUGCUCUUUCUGCAUCAUGGGAUUCUGAACUGAGAUUGUGGGAUCUUAUGGAGGGUAAAACUACUCGAAGAUUCGUUGGGCACGAGAAGGAUGUUCUUAGUGUAGCUUUUUCUGCUGAUAACAGGCAGAUUGUUUCAGCUUCCAGAGACAAGACAAUUAAAUUAUGGAAUACCCUUGGAGUAUGUAAAUACACCAUCCAGGAAGAUACUCACAAAGAUUGGGUUUCAUGUGUCCGAUUUUCUCCCAACUCCAACAACCCAAUAAUUGUGUCCUCUGGAUGGGAUCGAGUUGUUAAGGUAUGGAAUUUGACCAACUGUAAGUUGAAAACUAACCACUAUGGACAUAAACAAUUUUUGAAUGUUGUUACUGUAUCACCUGAUGGUUCACUUUGUGCCUCAGGAGGAAAAGAUUCUCAAGCUAUGUUGUGGGAUCUUAAUGAAGGAAAACAUUUGUACACAUUGGAUGGUGGUGAUUGUAUCAACACUAUGACCUUCAGUCCAAACCGAUACUGGCUCUGUGCUGCUACCGGUCCUUCCAUCAAAAUCUGGGAUCUCGAAGGAAAGAUCAUCGUUGAUGAAUUGAAGCCAGAAUUAAUAUCUGGUCAAGGUGGUGUUCCCCAAUGUCUAUCAUUAGCCUGGUCUCCAGAUGGACAAACUUUAUUUGCUGGUUACUCUGAUAAAGUAAUCAGAGUGUGGCAGGUAUCUCUUACUGCACGCUGAAAAUAAGAGAAAAAUAAAGUAAAUAAAAUAUUGGAAGAGUA